UCGGACCUUCUCUGUUUCUCCAGGGGGAGGUCGGAGAGGAGAUGUCUCCCAUCUCUGCUGAUUGGCUUCCAGAUCUGAGCGCAGGACAGAGGUCGUCUGUUUGCUCCACGGGGUCAGAGGACACCAUGCCCAGUCCCAUCUCCCGCCAGCUCUCAGGCAGUAGUGACAGACAGAGCCUGGACAGUGGAUACUGUCAAAGGGACAGCAUGAGGCUGGAGGAGAGCGGCGUCUCGUACACUGGACCAUUCUGUGGUCGAGCAGUGGUUCACACUGACUUCACUCCCAGCCCCUACGACAUGGAGUCACUGAAACUCCAGAAAGGAGACAUCAUCUACAUCAUCGAGAAGCCCCCUGUUGGGAUUUGGACCGGGAAGCUCAACAACAAGAUGGGCUCCUUUAAGUUCAUCUACGUCAACCUGCUGCCUGAUGUGAGUCCCCCGGCCAGGAGGAGACGUUGCAACAGCAAAGGCCACCGACCCAAGUCCAAACCCAAAACCCUGGAGGAGGUGCUGGACAGCAUCAGCCUGACGGAGCUGAGUUCGCUCCUGUCCAUGCACGGGUUCCAGAGUCUGGAGGACUUUGCAGGACUGAAGGCGUCUCACCUGAAUGAGCUGAACAUCACCGAUCCAGAGCAGCGCUCCAAGAUCCUGAACGCCAGCGAACUGCUCAGAGACUCUGAGGACGAGUCAGAGGCAGGGGAGGAGGAGAACAGAUCUGCAGAGGAGGCCAAGAAGCCGAGGGACUCAGGCUGUUUCGAGGGCUCGGAGAACCUGGAGAGUGGACGUGAGGGGGUGAAGAGGGAGGAGGUGCUGCAGAGUGAAGCAUCAGAGGAGCACACUGACGAAGGAGCAGAGAAACAAAAGCAGGAGUCAGAGGAACAGGAGAAAGAGACAGAGGGGGAAGAGGUUCAGGAGCAGCUGGAGGAGGUUCAGGAGCAGCUGGAGGAGGUACAGGUUCAGGAGCAGAUGGAGGAGGUUCAGGUUCAGGAGCAGCUG